UCUUCGUAUGAGUAAUUCAUGAAAUCAUUUGUUCUUAAGAGUGAUAUAAGCAGGACUGGUUUGUUAGUAGCAAAAUAAUUUGCAGAAGAAUUAUGGAUGGUGAUGAAGCAAGAGACUUGUUUCAAGCUCAGUCUCAUUUGUACAAACACAUAUUCAACUUCCCAGCUUGUCACCUUUUGUUUUGGCGAUGCUCGAUCCGGCCCUUGCAACCCCAUGGCAGUUCUUGGGAAAUUGGUUCCGAGGGAACGAGCUAACCCCAUUUGAGAGUGCACAUGGGAUGGGAUUUUGGGAAUAUGGAGACCAAAACCAGGAGUUCAACAGUCAUUUCAACGAGGCAAUGACUAGUGAUUCUGGAAUGAUGAACUUGGUCAUUGAAGAUUGCAAGCCAAUCUUUGAAGGGUUGAGUUCAUUAGUUGAUGUAGGGGGUGGUACAGGCAAAGUUGCUAGGAUCCUUUGUGAGGCCUUCCCUCACUUGAAAUGCACCGUUCUUGAACUUCCACAGGUUGUUGCUAAUUUGGCAGACACUGAGAAUUUGAAGUUCAUUGGAGGUGAUAUGUUCCAGGCCAUCCCUCCAGCCGAUGCUAUUUUACUCAAGCUGACUUUACAUGCUUUGAGCGAUGAGGAAUGCUUGAAGGUUCUGAAGAAAUGCAGAGAAGCCAUUCCAGGCAAUGGUCAAGGGAAGGUCAUCAUCAUAGACAUAGUGAUAGACGAUACGAAAGAUGAGCACGAAAUAACAGAAGCAAAGCUCUUUUUUGACCUGCUGAUGAUGGUUGUGGUUACUGGAAGAGAGAGAAGCGAGAAGGAUUGGAAAAAACUCUUCCUUGAGGCUGGCUUCAGCAACUACAAGUUAACACCAAUAUUUGGUUUGAGGUCCCUUAUUGAAGUCUAUCCUUAGAAACAAUCAUGUAUUGCAAGAUUUAUGUGGCUCCUGAAUAAAUUAAAUCACAUUUGCAUAUCAUGAUUAUUAAUGGCUAAUCUCUUUUACCCGUAA